AUGUCUUCUUCAAGAUUUGCCUUCCUUCUUUAUCUGUUAACCUUUGCUUUCCUUCUCCAAGCAGCUUUUGGAGUUGAUCCUCUCUUCAAUUUCUGUUUAGACACUGGGAAUUUCUCUGCCAAUGACCCUUAUGAAGACAACUUAAACAAUCUCACUGGUUACCUCUCCAUUCAAGCGCCUCCCUCAGGUUUUGGCCUUGGUUCCAUAGGCCAGGAUCCAAACCAAGCGUAUGGCCUUGCGCUUUGCAGAGGUGAUGUGUCAACCCCAGAUUGCGAAACCUGUAUUGUUGAAGCAGGCAGUGAAAUCCGCAAACGCUGCCCUUCCAACAAAGGUGCAAUUAUCUGGUACGAUAACUGUCUUCUGAAGUAUUCAAACACGGAAUUCUUUGGCCAGAUUGAUAAUCAAAACGGGUUCUACAUGUCGAACUUGCAAAAUGUGAGUGAUCCUCAGUCAUUUAAUCAGAAGACUGAGGAACUGCUUAGUCAACUGGCCAACGAAGCUUAUGCAACUCCCAAACUGUAUGCCACUGGAGAGACGGAGCUCGACGGAUCACAGGAACUUUAUGGAUUGACUCAGUGCACAAGGGACCUUUCCAGCAGUGAUUGUAAGAAGUGCCUUGACGGUAUAAUUGGCGAGCUUCCCAGUUGCUGUGAUGGGAAAGAAGGAGGUAGGGUUAUUGUUGGCAGCUGUAACUUCCGAUAUGAAAUAUACCCUUUUGUUAAUGCUUAA